AUGGCGCGCCAACCAGUCCUCUACGCCCUCCUUUCUCUUGCCCUCUUACCUUUCUCGUGGGCACUCAAGUUUGAUCUAGCAGCACACACAGGAAGAGAACGAUGUAUACGGAAUUUCGUGGCCAAAGACACAUUGGUCCUUGUAACGGCGAUUGUUGACGGGCAAAAAGGAGAUGGGCAGCAAGUCAACAUGCAUAUAAAGGACGCUGUGGGCAAUGAGUAUGGAAGACCCAAGGACAUUGUGGGAGAGAAAAGGAUGGCAUUUACAUCGCAUGCUGACGCUGCUUUCGAUGUAUGCUUCGAGAACCAACUUGUCUCAUCUCGAGGAGGGAGCCCGUCACGCCACAUUGAAUUAGACAUUGAUAUUGGCGCCGAUGCCCGAGACUGGUCUGCAAUCCAGGCACAAGAGAAGCUCAAGCCGGUUGAGACGGAGCUGCGACGCAUUGAAGAGCUGGUUGGGGAAAUUGUUGGCGAGAUGGACUACCUCAGGACAAGAGAACAGAAGCUUAGGGAUACGAACGAGAGCACCAAUGAGCGCGUCAAAUGGUUCGCUUUUGGGACCAUGGGAAUGCUGGUAGGAUUGGGCGCGUGGCAGGUUGUGUAUUUGAGGGCUUAUUUCAGAUCGAAGCAUCUGAUUUAG